CCGGUCCCGUGUGUAGCUUCUUGCCGUAUCUGGACUAGCGUUGACCCCAUGGGUUCCAGACCGAGUGAGCCUCAGUGAGGUCACCGUACUUGCCUCUGAUUGGCCCAGUCACCAGCCCGUGUACACGUGCCUGAUCGGUGCCUUCUGGUUAUCUCUCGUCCGUCCCUUCGAAAUCUGCAUAUGAGGGCAUGGAUUUUGUGUAAACCAUUGUCAAUUGGCUCGCGGACCAUGCCCUAUUAGUUUCCACACGGACUGGUCCUGAUAUAACUAGUAAUUGCUACUGCUAUUCUUUCGCCUUGCCUGUAUAUCUCCUUGCUUGCCCCUCCAAGAUGCGUUUCGGCAAGACUCUCCAGAAGUCGGUUUAUCCGCCGUGGAAAGGCAACUACAUCGACUACCAGAAGCUGAAAUCUCUCUUGAGAGAACAUGAGGCGACCGACGAUGAUACGAGUGAUGCAGAGAACACAUGGACGGAACAGGAUGAAGAAGCUUUCGUGCAGGAGCUGAUCAAUGUCCAGUUGGACAAAGUGAAUGCAUUCCAGGUUGAGACAUCGAAGACGCUGCGAGAGCGCACCUCAGCAUGUGAAUCGAAAUUGGAGGCCCUCAUACCGAAGGAUGGAGAGCAGGAGGCCCAGCUGGAUGAACAGAAGCGGAGAGAAGUCGCUGCAGAAGUCCUCUCCGAGCUGGAUGGAAUCGCCAAGGAAGUUAGCGAGCUGGAAAAGUAUAGUCGCAUCAACUUCACCGGCUUUUUGAAGGCUGCGAAGAAGCAUGAUCGAAAGAGAGGGGCCCGGUAUCGUGUCAAGCCGCUGCUUCAAGUACGACUCUCUCAAUUGCCAUUCAACACCGAGGACUACUCUCCUUUGCUACGCAAGCUCUCCGUGAUGUACUCGUUUGUGCGUGAGGUGCUCCAGGGUGCUGCUCCGAAGACCAACGAUCCUCUGAGUGUGGAAGCCCGUGAUGUUUAUACGUCGUACAAGUUCUGGGUUCAUGCGGACAACAUAACAGAGGUCAAGACAUACAUUCUCCGACGACUGCCCGUCUUGGUAUAUAACCCCAAGACUUCCAAGGAACUUAACGUUCCAGACGACCCGACAAUCACUUCCUUGUACUUCGAUAAUCCCCAGUUUGAGCUGUAUAAUCAGAAGGUCGCCCGUGCUCCUGAGGCCGGCUCUUUGAGAUUGCGUUGGAUGGGUCCGCUCAAUGACAACCCCGCUAUUUUCCUCGAGAAGAAGAUCGUCACGGAGGAUGAUGGCAGUCGAGAAGUCAGAGUACAGUUGAAGGAAAAGCACGUCCAAGAAUUCCUGAGAGGCGAAUACAAGUUCGACAAGAAGCUCCACAGAAUGGAAGAUCAAGCCAAUGAGCACGAACAGGCAGAAUCUUUCAAGAAGGACAUUGAGGAAUUGCAAUCCUUUAUCAGAGAACAUGACCUGCAACCUAUGCUCCGGGCCAAUUAUACGCGAACGGCUUUCCAGAUUCCCGGAGACAAUAGGGUCAGGAUCUCCUUGGAUACUAAUUUAGCACUGAUCCGUGAGGAUGCGCUAGACCCUGAACGGCCUUGUCGAGACCCGAAUGACUGGCAUCGGAGAGACAUUGAUGAUUCUAACAUGGAAUAUCCCUUCAGCUCGAUCCGCACAGGGGAGAUUGUUCGUUUCCCUCAUGCCUUGUUAGAGAUCAAAGUCAAGGGAGAUGGACGUGGUCGCGAGUGGGUGAAUGAUCUCAUGGCCUCCCAUCUUGUCAAGGAAGCACCAAGAUUCUCCAAGUUCGUCCACGGAGUCGCUCAGCUGUUCGAAGACUAUGUCAACAGUUUCCCGUUCUGGCUGGGAGAGUUGGAGAACGAUAUCCGCCGUGACCCGGAGGUUGCUUUCCAAGAAGAACAAGAAAGACUUGCUAAGCGUGCCGAAGAGGAUAUGGCAGUAGGGAGCUUCCUGGGAAGCGGAAACAGAGCGAGCCCUAGCUUCAGGCACAUGGUUGGAUCUCCAGUGUCUAGGUUUGGUGGAGCUGGUUCCCCGUCGCGCGCAGAACCCGCAUCACGUCCGAAGCAGCCUCUGGAGAUGCCUAGUCGUCAUCGCGAUGGAUCCCCUGCUGUGAGUGAACAACCGGCACGCACACCUACACCGUCAUCCCGACUCAUGAAUUAUUUCCCUUCGUUCUCCAUGUCGCGCUAUGCUCGUGCCCGUCGCGAACGGGUUCAGCUGCCUCCGGGAGUACGACACCCAGGAACCUGGCUGAAGGAUGCGGGUCCUGUUAAGGUCGAAUCGAAGGUCUGGCUUGCCAACCAGCGUACCUUCAUCAAGUGGCAGCAUGUGAGCGUCCUUCUGGCGUCUCUGUCCUUGGGUCUGUAUAAUGCUGCGGGUGAGGACAACCACCUCGCUCGUACUAUUGGUAUUGUCUACACCUGCUUCGCCAUUUUCGCCGGCGUCUGGGGAUGGUACAUGUAUGAAAAGCGCGCGAGGCUUAUCCGCCAGCGAAGCGGGCGUGAUUUCGACAACGUUUUCGGUCCGAUCGUCGUGUGCAUUGGCCUCGCUGCCGCUCUUGUGUUGAAUUUUGCGUUCAAGUAUACUGCUGCGAUGCGCGAGAUCAGAGCAGAUACUGUUGCUUCGACUAUUUCCGGGUCUAUCAACGCCUCAAUCUCCGCUCCCGUGGGACUUGUCAAGCAGGAUAGUUCUCGUCUCCUGGCUGCAUAAUUAACUCCGAUAGGCUGUCUUUUGUGUCCAACUCCUCUUUCCUCCAUCUCUUUUCCUCGUUUUCCUUUUUUACCAUCCUAUCGAAACGAAAGUUGUAUGAUUGAUUGUCUCCCUAUUUGUACGAAGUAUAUUACCGUGAUGAGAUGGAACGUGACAAACGAAGAGAUAAAGUCGCUCGGGAAUCAACACUAGGAAUCGUAU